AUGGAGGCUGUCAUUCGAGAGGCCCCAAUCGGCCAGUUAAUUCGGUACUUUACCAAAAACAAAUACUUCCAAUACCCUGAAGAGAAGCCUGGCUUCGAGCUUCCCCAAAACAUGGGUACAGAUUAUGCAAGAGCUCGACACGGUCGGGCAAGCGAUGCUAGCAGUCAUUCAUUAACGCUGAACGAGGACGAACUUGAAGCGAAUCACGGACUUGAAAAUCUCGAGAAAACCCAGUCAACACCAAUUACGCCGAAGAAGACAAGAGAUGGACAUAUUCUUGUUGAUUGGUACUAUACCGACGAUGCAGAGAAUCCCCAUAACUGGUCGAAUCUCAAGCGCGCGCUUAUUGCUACCAUCAUCUGUCUUUAUACAUUCGUCGUCUACACAACCUCCGCCAUCUAUACAUCCUCAGAGCAGGGAAUUAUGGAACGAUUUGGAGUUGGCGAGGUCGUCGUUACCUUGGGCCUCUCCUUGUAUGUUCUUGGAUAUGGUACUGGUCCCUUGAUCUUCUCGCCAUUGAGUGAGAUUCCCAUCAUCGGACGAAACCCUGUCUACAUCAUCACCAUGUUUCUUUUUGUGAUUAUCUCCAUUCCGACCGCGUUGGUGGGCAACUUCCCUGGUCUGAUGGUGCUGCGAUUCCUUCAAGGAUUCUUUGGCUCACCCUGCCUUGCCUCUGGUGGAGCUUCCAUCGGUGAUAUGUAUAGUCUGCAUUCUCUGCCUUAUGCUAUGAUGGCAUGGGUUGCGGCUGCAUACUGUGGACCCGCUCUUGGUCCCCUGCUUAGUGGAUUCGCCGUUCCAGUCGAAGGCUGGCGCUGGUCUCUCUAUGAAUCCAUCUGGGCCUCUGCCCCAGUCUUCAUCUUGAUGCUCCUCUUCCUCCCCGAGACCAGUACUCCAACGAUCCUGCUACGUCGCGCUCAGCGCCUUCGAAAGAUUUACAAUGAAAAGCGCUUCAUGUCUCAAUCCGAACUCGAUCAACAACACAUGAAAAUGGGUGCCAUCGCCGUGGACGCUCUGAUCAAGCCCAUGGAAAUCACAAUCAAGGAUCCCGCCGUGCUCUUCGUCCAGAUCUACACAGCAAUCAUCUACGGAAUCUACUACUCCUUCUUCGAGGUCUUCCCCUUGGUAUACCCCAUUGACUACGGCAUGAGCACCGGUCAAACCGGUUUAGUCUUUCUCUGCAUCCUUGUAUCCUGCAUCAUCGGUAUCGCUAGCUACUCCGCCUACCUCUAUUUCUGGAUGAAUCCUCGCAUCGACAAAUAUGGCUGGCCCGUUCAAGAGUCCCGUCUACUCCCAGCACUCCCAUCCUCAUUUGGACCUACGAUCGGACUAUUCCUAUUCGCCUGGACAGCACGAGCCUCAAUCCACUGGAUCGCCCCAACAAUCGGCAUAACAAUUUACGGUGCCACUGUAUUCGUUGUGAUGCAAUGUAUCUUCGUUUACAUCCCAUUAUCGUAUCCCAAAUACGCGGCCAGUUUAUUCGCAGCGAACGACUUUUUCCGAAGUGCAUUGGCUUGCGGAAGUGUACUUUUCGCACACCCUCUUUUCGGAAACCUAGGCGUGGCUAAGGGAGUCAGUCUCCUAGGUGGAUUGAGUGUGAUUGGUAUUGUUGGAAUCUGGCUACUUUACUUCUACGGAGCUAGACUUCGGGCUCUGAGUAAAUUUGCCAUUUUCGAGGAAGAGUGA